AUGGCACCGACUGUGGUUGGUGACACAUGUGACAGCCUUUUUGGGCCUGUGAUCAGUCAACAUGAUUGUCGUGGAGGGUUCGACUUUACAGUUCUAUUCGAAGCAUGGAUAUUCAACAUUACCCCAGCAGUCUGUUUUCUCCUGCAGUUACCCAUUCGCCUGUUCCAGCUAUCUAGAGAGUCUUUGAAAGUAAAAUCCUCGUUGACUCAUUGGGCGACGCUGGCUAUUGCGGUAGUAUUGUCCGGAAUUCAUGUCGUUCUGCUUGUGUUUAGUUCGACGCAGCACUACCCCGCACAAAAUGUGUCAGUUGCGGGUGCUACCCUCAGCCUUAUAGCGGCAAUUUCUAUUGUUGUUCUGCUUCAUUUAGAGCACAGCCGGGCUGUUCGACCCUCCUUCCUUGUCUCUGCGUAUCUGCUUAUUACGGUGCUUCUAGACAUUGCGCGAGUACGCACCGCCUGGCUGUUGCCAUAUGGUAGAGCAUACCCGACCUGCCUCACCGCAUCUCUGGCCACCAAAUUGCUCCUCCUGGUGCUGGCAAAUAUCGAAAAACGCAAAUGGCUGUUGCUAUCCGAACAGUCUACCGAGAGAACUAGCGGUAUCUUUAACAGGGGUUUAUUCGCCUGGCUCAAUGAAUUACUGAGAAAAGGACACACCUCGUUGCUCACCAGCGAUACGCUACCUAACAUCCAUGAGAAGCUAUCGUCUAGUGAUUUAGCCGACCGAUUUUCAAAAUCAUGGGCGCUGUGCGACCAGAGUCGUCAGCAUGCGUUGCUGCUGGCCGUCGUUAACUGCCUUCGCUGGGAUAUUGCUGCUAUUGGUCUUCCUCGACUCGCCUUGAUAGGAUUUAGCAUAGCGCAGCCAUUCCUGGUUGGCAAGACCGUUACAUUCCUCGAGCAAACUGAAUCCUCGAUGAAUAUUGGCUAUGGGUUGAUAGGAGCCACCGCGAUUGUCUUUAUCGGGAUUGCUGUCACUACGGCAUCUUAUGAGCACCUAGGAUUUCGUGCUACGACCAUGGUGCGUGGUGGCCUUAUGGCUCUUGUCUAUCAGCACAUGAUGGAGCUGCCACUGGGGAGCACCGAUGAGUCUAGUGCCAUGUCCCUUAUGGGAGCUGACGUUGAAAUGCUUGCGGAGUACUUUCACUCUACAGUGUGCGAAUCUUGGGCUAGUAUCCUACAGCUGGGACUGGCCGCGUGGAUCCUUCAAACUCAGAUCGGUGUUGUUUGUAUCACACCCAUUCUAAUUGCAACAGCUUUUACCGUUGCUUCUUUUGCCACGGGCAAUGCUGUGUCCGUUCGGCAGAAGACAUGGCUACAAGCCACCGAGAAACGCAUUAAUUUCACCAGCCACGUCCUCGGCUCAAUAAAAAACGUGAAAUUCUUAGGACUAACAGAGAUCAUAAAGAAAUCCAUUGAAGGCUUAAGGAUUGAGGAGCUUGAGAUCUCCAAGAAGUUCCGCCGAAUCCAAACCGUCCGUGUCUGCAUGAUAAAUCUUCCGGUGAUUAUUGCGCAGUUUGCCACUUUCGCGACCUAUGCUGUAGUUGCGAAGGUGCAAGGGUCGGAGGGUCUUUCGGUCUCACAAGCUACCACGGCCCUUUCACUAAUAAAUCUGCUAAUCACUCCUCUCAUGCAUCUAUUGUUGGCAGUUCCAGAUGCAUUCGCAUCAAUGGGAUGUCUGUAUCGAGUCCAGGACUUCUUGAAACGUCCAAAUAUUGUCGAAAGAAGGAAAUUGCUCCAGUCAGAAGCAGAAGCUCUGAAUUUACCUACUAAUUCAUUCGAAUUCGAACUUUCUAACUAUCCCGGGGCUAGGGGAAUUUCCUCGCCAGAGAAUCCAUCUGACGUGCUGAUCUCCCUGCAAAAUGCCUGGUUUGGCUGGAAUGACCCUUCUUCGGAUAGUGCUGGUAUCACACUCAAUCUGUGCCCCUCGCAGCUGGGUACCCUAGUUGCAAUUGUCGGUCCUGUGGGAAGCGGAAAGUCCACGUUUCUCAAAGGCCUCGCAAAUGAGACGUCCAUUCUCAAUGGUGACGCCUUCAUCAAGUACCCAGAUCUAGCUUUUUGUGAGCAAACUCCAUGGCUAACCAAUACGACGAUCCGGGAAAACAUCAUUGGGGAGAAUGGAUCCGCGGCAUUUGAUUCUGAUUGGUAUUCGACCGUGAUGAACGCAUGUGCGCUAGAUUCCGACCUUAAAAAAAUGCCAGCGGGCGAUGAGUCGUUCGUCGGUAGCAAAGGAUCUAAGCUUAGCGGAGGGCAAAAGCAAAGAAUCGCCAUAGCACGAGCUGUCUAUGCUCGCAAGCGCAUCGCGUGCUUCGAUGAUACUCUGAGUGCUCUUGAUAAUUCAACCGCUCGGCUGGUAUUUAACAAUGUCUUUGGCCCGUCCGGACUGCUGCGUCGACUGGGCUGUACUGUAUUUCUCGCGACUCACAAUGUUCAAUAUCUACCCCAGGCCGACUUUAUAGUCGUACUCGGAGAGAACGGCAAUAUUUCGGAACAGGGCACCUUCUCUCAGCUUCUCAGUCACGCCGGGGGAUAUAUUAACCGGCUAGGUAUUCAACCAGAACAGAUUGAGAAAGGAAAGAUGCAAGAUGACAUUCCAACUGGGCUUCCAGAGACUAGUGAAGUCAUAACAAGCCGCCUAUCCACCCCGGCCUCUAUCGAUGAAUGCCGACAGACGACAGAUAUUGCUGUUUACAAGUACUAUUUAUCUGCUAUGGGCUGGUUCCGAGUCUUUGUGCUGAGUUUCUUACUGGUGGUGAAUGGUGGUAUUGGUGGAUUACGAAGUGCUUGGAUUGAGAUCUGGUCCUCUAGCACCGACAGCGCUUCAAGCUCGGGAUUAGGCUACUGGCUUGGAGUAUAUGGGGCAUUGUCCUUCGUCGAAGCCACUUCAAUGGUUCUUGCGGUAUAUUGGACCUGGGUCGUCAUUGUACCGGCCGCGUCGAAAAAUGUUCAUGCUACUGUGCUGCAAACUUGCAUGAGUGCCCCCUUGUCCUUCCUAUCUCACGUAGACACGGGCUCUCUCAUCACCCGUUUUAGCCAAGAUAUGAGGCUAGUGGACAUGAUCCUCCCCCGAGGUUUUAUCACGACAGGAUUCCAACUCUUUACGGUGCUUUCACAGGCCGCAAUCGCCCUAGCUGCAUUGCCAUAUCUGGCUGUAGCCCUUCCCUUCCUAGUUGGGAUGUUAGUGCUAGUCCAGCGCUUUUACCUGCGUACAUCUCGCCAGCUUCGACUGCUAGAGAUCGAGCUCAAAAGCCCCCUGUACACCCAUUUCAUUGAAUCUCUCGCUGGUGUAGUUACCAUCCGUGCCUUUUCAUGGACUACUGCUUCUACGUCCAAAAUGUUGUACUUACUUGAUAGGGCGCAAAGGCCCUUCUAUCUUCUAUUGUGUAUUCAGCAAUGGCUGGGCCUGGUACUGAAGCUCAUGGUGACUGGGGAAGUACUCUCAUACUUGAUCCAGAACUGGACGCUUCUGGAAACCUCUUUGGGUGCGAUUGCCAGGAUUAAGGAUUUCUCGGAAGAUACUCCAAGUGAGGAACAAGAUGCAGUCUAUGAGCAGCCACCAGACGCAAAAUGGCCAAGUCGGGGUGACAUCUCAUUCGUUGGCGCAGAUAUUGCAUAUGAGUCUGAGAACGCAGAGCCCGUGUUGCACGGUAUCUGUCUGGAUAUUCGUGCUGGGGAAAAAGUUGGACUGUGUGGUAGGACCGGAAGUGGCAAGAGCACUCUGGCUCUAUCAUUACUCCGUCUUAACGAGGUGGUUUCUGGCCAGGUUCUUAUCGAUGGGGUAGACAUAUCGACGGUGCCUCGGUCAUUGAUUCGGCACCGGAUCAGCUCUCUUAGCCAAGAAGCCUUCCUUUUCCCAGGUACUAUUCGGCAGAACGUCGAUCCUUUAGGCAUUGCCAGCGAUAUCGAUAUUAUUGAAGCUCUCAAAUGCGUCGAAAUCUGGAAUGCUCUUAUGUCUGCGACGAACAGCGACGCCCACAGCGGAGGGUUGCUAGAUGUAAUACUGACUGACACGACUUUGUCCGAAGGCCAAAAACAGCUAUUUUGCCUGGCUAGGGCGCUUCUCAAGAAGAGUAAUAUUUUCAUACUAGACGAACCGACAAGCAGUCUGGAUGCAGAGACAGAUGCCAGGGUUCAGAAAGUCAUUCGCCAGGAGUUUCAGAGCUGCACUAUCAUUAUGGUUGCGCAUAGAGUUCAUACCAUGCUCGACUUUGACCGAGUUGUUGUUCUGGAUAGUGGUCGAAUCAUAGAAGAGGGACAUCCUUCGGACUUGUUGAACAAGGAAGGCGCUUUCUCAAGUCUGCAUCAUCUGAAGCAGUCAACAGGAAGCAAUCAGGAGCUCUGA